UAAGGUGAUGGGGUUAGUACACAGUCUUUAGCUUUACAUGCAGAAGAAUACAAUAGAUGCCGCAUUAAUAAUAAGAGAGAGAGAGAGAGAGAGAGAGAGAGAAAUGGGGCAGUAUAUAUUAUUGAAGAGUUGCUUUUACUACCAACUAUGGUGCGAAUGUUGGAAGCAUGGAGGCAAAGCAAAAGGCCUAAGAUGGCGGCAACCCAUUCCUAUAUCAUAAAUUCCCACAUCAGCCCCACACUUGUCUCUACCAUAUUAUUCACUACCAUCCACCAACUAGUGAGAGAAAAACUAAAAAAAGAAAAAGAGAAAAAAAAAAAAAAACAGAAAGAUGUGUAUUAGAUAAGUCUUAUACAAGAGAUAUGGAGCACAAUAAGGUGGUCUGCUUUCUUUAAGAAAAGCCCAUAACCCUCAAAAAGGAAACCAAAAAAAAAAAAAUUCUCUUGUGUGUGUUUGUGGGAAUUCAACUUUGAUGGAAAAGCCAGUUUCCCAAAUACAGAAAGCUGUUUCAUUAUGACUAUAGUUGGCUUUAGCGUUUUAGACAAGGCAAGCUAAAGAUUUUUAGGAGCAGUAAUAUAUACUAUACUCAUCAUCAUCAUCAGUUAUUCUCCUGUUCUUCUUUUCUUCUUUUUUUUUUUUCUUCUUUUACCACUUUUAUGAUGCUUGAUCAUGGGAAUCACCACUGUCCAUUUCUAUCAAGUGUUGGUGAUGGUCCCACAAUGAGGAGCAGAAUCAAGUGCAACCCUAGUGGUGAUACAUACUACUACAGUGUUGCUGCUGGUGGAAGUGGAACUGCUGCUGCUGCUACUUAUUAUGGUGCUGCUGUUGAUAGUGUAAGUGCUGCAAGAACACUGCAGCCUUUUGACACUUCUCCCACAGAAGCUGUCAUCACGGCUACUGUCUUCAAAUCCCCAGAUAUGAAAAUGGCUGCAACAGCAGCACCAUCUUUGGAGUUUCCUUUUACAAUUGCACAGUGGAAAGAACUUGAAAGACAAGCAAUGAUAUACAAGUACAUGAUGGCUUCUGUUCCUGUGCCUCCACAUCUUCUCUUACCCACUUCAAGAAAUCUUCAUUCAGACCCAGCUGCUGCUGCUUCACUUUCUUCUUUGGGCAGUGGUGGUUUGAAUCUGAAGUACACAAAUGGGGCAGAUCUGGAGCCAGGAAGGUGCAGGAGGACAGAUGGAAAGAAAUGGAGGUGUUCAAGAGAUGCUGCUCCUGAUCAGAAAUACUGUGAGCGUCACAUGCACAGAGGCCGUCCCCGUUCAAGAAAGCCUGUGGAACUCCUUGCCAACACCAACAAUAACAAGAAGAUCCGUUAUAAUUAUGUUAACAAUCAUACUAAUUCUGCACAAUCUCCUGUUGCUUGGGCUGUUGCUAAUAAAAAUGGUGCUGCUGAUUCUCAGUUUCUUGGUUCCAUUGCGCAACCAUACGUUCAAGCCCCUGUUUUUCUUGAUAAGCCCAGUACCAAAGUUGCAGAUUUUGAUGGGUCUAUGGCAUUUGCUUCAAAUUUCAAGGAAUCCAGGAGUUUACAGUGGAUGAUGAAAGGAGAAGCCGCGUCCAUUGCUACAGCUGAUCAACAAUGGCCAGGGAUUGGACUGUCAAGUGACUGUUCCUUCAAUCCAGAGUACCAAAGGGAGGCUUUGAAUUUGAAUUCCUUUGGAGAUUUCAGUGCUGGAGAAGAUCAACGGAACAAUCAAAGCAGAGGUUUUAUUGAUGCAUGGUCUAAUGUUGCAUCAGAUAAACAGAGUGACAACUCCGGGAAUACAAAUUCUUCUUUUACAUCAAGUGGGCUGCUUUCACUAGGCAUCAACUCUAUAAAUGAUGAGAUGAGUCAGAUUCAAAUGGGUUUAGGCCUAGUAGAAUCAGAUCAGAACCAUGGUUCCAGUAUCAAGCCUCUGGCCUUGGCUCCUGCUGCUUGGCCAGAGGGAGCUACAGUGUCACCAGGUGGUCCUCUAGCAGAAGUGUUGCAACUCAGCUCAGGUAACACAGUAGUUGAAAAUGGCGAUCCUACUAGUCCUCCAGCCACUGCAGCCUCUUCCCCAUCUGGGGUUCUGCAGAGAACACUUGCUUCAUUUUCUGAUAGCAGUGCUAAUAGCAGCCCAACACUUGGCAGUUCUGUGAGGGACAAAUCUGAGAUUGCCUUGAUGUGGUUAAAUUGAAUCAAAGAUAAUAUUGCAAUCUUAUGGUGAAAGUAUUAUAAAUUUUAUGUAUUUUGGCUUUGGUUUGUUGAAUUUCAGUGCAUAAUGUUGAUGAAAUUUGGCAUUAUUAUAUUGUUUGAAUUUAUUUUAUUUUUUUUCAUGUUCAAAUUUGAGUUGCUUCGUUUUUUCAAAUGUAAAAGUAUUCAUAAUUAUUUUCCAACAUUUGCUGUCUA